GGGGUGCCUUGGAUGCAGCAGCGAAGAUGUUCAGUAAAGCCUUUGACAGUGGCAUUAUUCCUAUGGAGUUUGUGAACAAGAUGAAGAAGGAAGGAAAACUCAUCAUGGGCAUUGGCCACCGCGUGAAAUCGAUAAACAACCCAGACAUGCGAGUGCAGAUCCUCAAAGACUUUGUCAAACAGCACUUCCCCGCCACCCCGCUGCUCGAUUAUGCACUGGAAGUGGAGAAGAUCACCACUUCAAAGGUAACGAGGGGGUGGAUUGCUUAUUGUUGGAGGUUUUUUUGUUUGCUUUUGCGACAAGCCCUUGUGUAGUACAAGUUGGCUUUG